AUGGCAGCAGCUGGGCGUGGUGCGGCCAAGAUCCUUGGUAUCAACCUUGACUACCGCAAGGAACCUGAAGUCUCUGGCGCGGCCUCCAUCUCUUCUGUCGAGACAUAUGUCGAGCGUGAGCCGACCGCAAGGGAAUGGUUUUCCCAGUUCAAACCUUCCAAGAGUGCUGCGCAGCGCUACCUGAGGAGUCUGUUCCCUUUCUGGAACUGGAUCUUCCAUUACAACUUGACAUGGCUUUUCGGCGACGUUGUUGCAGGCGUAACCGUGGGCUUCGUUGUAAUCCCCCAGGGUAUGGCAUACGCUCUGUUGGCGAAAUUACCGCCUGAGUACGGGCUCUAUACCAGCUUUGUCGGAUUCAUCUUGUACUGGGCUUUUGCUACAUCCAAAGAUAUCACAAUCGGUACCGUGGCUGUCAUGAGUACCAUUGUCGGGAACAUCGUCAUCAAGGUCCAGGAUACGAAGCCUCACCUUCAAGCCACGGAUAUCGCCAGAGCCCUUUCCGUCAUUGCUGGCGCUGUUCUACUGUUCAUUGGUCUUACGCGACUUGGCCGGAUCGUGGAACUUAUUCCCCUUGUUGCCAUCACCUCAUUCAUGACUGGUGCCGCUAUCAGCAUUGGUGCCGGCCAGGUUCCGGCUCUUUUGGGCAUCUCCGGUGUCAACACUCGCGGACCAACUUACUUGGUCAUCAUUCACACCCUCCAGCGUCUCCCAAAAGCGAAGCUGGACGCGGCUAUGGGAUUGACUGCUUUAUUCUUGCUUUAUGCUAUUCGCAUCUUUUGCAGCUGGAUGACGAAGAAGCAACCAUCUAAGAAGAAGCUUUGGUUCUUUAUCAGCACCCUGCGCAUGGCUUUCGUCAUCCUGCUAUACAUCUUGAUUAGUUGGCUCGCGAACAAGAAUGUCAAAGGGCUCCAUAAUGCGAAGAAUGACCUCAAAAAGGCAAAAUUCAAGAUCUUGGGCAGAGUUCCUCGAGGCUUCCAGCACGCUGGCGCCCCCACCAUGAACACCGAGCUUCUAUCCGCUAUCGCGCCUGAUAUUCCCGUCACUAUUAUUGUCCUGAUUCUCGAGCACAUCGCGAUCUCGAAGUCGUUCGGCCGCAUCAACAACUACGUCAUCAACCCAUCGCAGGAACUCGUCGCGGUCGGGUUCACCAACGUUAUUGGGCCAUUCUUGGGUGCCUACCCUGCUACUGGAUCAUUUUCACGUACUGCUAUCAAGUCGAAAGCAGGUGUCCGCACUCCACUCGCAGGUAUUUUUACCGCGAUCAUUGUCCUCCUGGCCUUAUAUGCUCUAACGGCGGUCUUCUUCUACAUUCCUUCCGCCAGUCUUGCGGCCAUCAUUAUACACGCCGUCGGAGAUCUGAUUACUCCUCCUAACGUUGUCUUCCAGUUCUGGGAAACCAGCCCGCUUGAGGUUGUGAUUUUCUUUGCUGGUGUGUUCGUGACGAUAUUUACGAACAUCGAGAACGGCAUCUAUGUUACCAUUGCCGCAUCUUUUGCCCUUUUGCUCUGGCGCCAGCUCUUCACUCAUGGUGCUCUCCUUGGGAAGGUCAAGAUCUACCGCGCAACGCCCGAUACGAUUGCUCACAAAGAGGAUGGCCACUACGCUCCCGGUUCCGAGUCCUCCGUUCGCGAAGCAUUCAUCCCAAUCAGCCGCAAAGACGGCUCAAAUCCGCUCGUUGACAUUGAGUCUCCAUAUCCUGGUAUCCUUAUAUACCGCUUUACGGAAGGCUUCACGUACCUCAAUCAGCAGGGCUACAUGGACGAGCUUGUCCAUCAUGCACAUACCAUUUCUCGUCCUACAAAACUCGACCAUUAUGCCAGACUCGGUGAUCGUCCAUGGAAUGAUCCCGGGCCUCGCCGUGGACAGCAGAUCGACACUGACGAUAACCGGCCCAUCCUUCGCGCUAUCAUACUAGACUUCAGCGCUGUCAACAACGUCGACGUCACGUCCAUUCAAGGUCUUAUUGACGUUCGUGCGCAACUGGACCGCCACGCUGCACCUGAGAGUGUAGAAUGGCACUUUGCAUCCAUUAACAGCCGCUGGACAAAGCGUGCUCUGACGGCCGCUGGCUUCGGUUACAUCGACCGUGAGCGUUUUGCAUCGCGUGCGCACUGGAACCCUGUUUACAGCUACGCGCCCCUCGAUUCCGCAACCCACAAGCUCCACGACCCAGAGGCUCAGGAUGAGAUUCACACCACUGACGGCCAUAAGGGCUUGCCGUCUGGCAAGGUUACUACGAUUCAUGGACAGAAUAGGCCUUUCUUCCAUAUCGAUGUUCCAGCAGCCGUCGAGAGUGCUAUUGCCGGAGUAAAUAAGCUUUCACAUGUUAGCUCAGGUAGCUCGCGUGAGGUUGGAGAAGCGGAGGUGACGACGAAGCAAGAUUAA